AUGUUAUACGACUUAAAAGAUAAGCAAUGGGAAAGGAUAAAGGAGAGUUUACCCGGAAAGAAAGGGGAUAGUGGAAGGAGUGCAAAGGACAACAGAAAGUUCAUAGCAGCAGUGAUGUGGAUAGGGCGAACAGGAGCGCCAUGGAGAGCUUUGCCUGAAGAAUAUGGCAAGUGGUUUAGUGUGCAUAAAAGAUUCAUAAGAUUGGCAAAAGCAGGUGUGUGGCAGAUGAUUUUCAAUACUCUAGCUGUAGACGAAGACACGGAAUGGCUGAUGAUAGACUCAACAAUAAUAAGGGCACAUCAGCAUGCAGCUGGUGCUAAAAAAAAAUGAGGAGACUGAAGAGGAAAAUCAGGGAUUGGGGCGAUCUAAAGGUGGUUAUUCAACCAAAUUACAUGCUGCUUGUGAUGCUCUUGGCAACCCAUUAAGGUUUUUUGUUACUGCUGGACAAAGGUCGGAUUAUGUAAAGGCUUUAGACUUAGUGGAAGGCAAGAAAAUGGCAGCACUUAUUGCAGAUAAAGGGUAUGACGCAAAUUAUAUGAUUAAAGCGGCAGAAGCUAUCAAUGCUGAACCGGUUAUUCCACCACGUUCCAAUAGAAAAACACCAAGNAACACCAAGAGAAUACGAUAAAGAGCUUUAUAAAGAGAGAAAUCUCAUCGAAAGAAUGUUCAAUAAACUCAAGAAUUUUCGUAGGGUUGCUACUCGUUAUGAUAAAUUAGCUAUUUCUUUCUUAUCUUUUGUCCAUAUUGCUUCUAUAUAUCUUUGGUUAAAAUAAAUGUCGACACUACCUAGAAGACAAAAUAUUAUGCGUUCUCAUUUAUUACAGAACAUACAUAACACAUCCAUUUUUGGGAUUUUUAUUCAAUUUGCACAACUCAAAUAUUUGCCGACUUUUAAAGAAAAUGGAGCCAUUUCCGGCUAUCAAGGAUGGCAAAAAGUUCAAAGUAAUGUAGUAAUUCCAUAUAAAAGGUACCGGAAAAAACCACUAACGGAAGAGCAAAAGGAGCAUAGUAGAAAGCUGGCGUCGUUCAGGAUGCAAGUGGAAAAUAAAAUUCGAGAGAUCAAAAUAUUCAAAAUUAUAUCAAAUGUUUACCGCAAUUUUCAGAAGAAAUACAACAUGAGAUUCAAUAUUAUUGCUGGUAUUGUGAACCUAAGGCACGGUUUUUAAUAGCUUUCGGGUUGGGGUUCCUUACCGGAUUUUAUCAGCAACUCUCUUUAUGUUGUUUCGCAGGGGGUCUACUGCUGUGGAAUGAGCAAAUUGAAAAGUUUUAUGGCUAUCCACAGAAUAUACAAUUUUCAACAAGUGAACUAAAUACUAAAAAAGUUAUGUAAAAAAAGUUGUUGACUUGUAAUCUCAUGAUAAUUAAGAUAUGCUUAAUUAAUAAGGGGGUUAUAUGCCAAGUUUUUUUGAUAAACCGUUUAGUGAACAGGUAAAAGUAGCAAUAGAUAGCAGUGAUCCAAAGUUUUUACAAAUACUGUUAGGCAUUAGGCACUGUCAAUUGCAAGAAGAUUGGUUUGCCCAUGCUAUACUUUCUCAUAAGAUUAUAGGAGUAAUUCAUACCUUAAGAUAUCAGUUACCUAUAAACAUAAUCAGUGCACAACAACAGCUAUUAGAUAGAAAUUUUAGUCAUCGUAUAUACGGAACAUUACCUAAUAUGUAUGAUAUUGAUGAACCUGAUGAUCUUUCAUAUAUCAUUGCAAGUAGUGAAAAUGUAACAAAAGUAAAUAAAGAACUAGAAGAUGUAGAGAGAGAAAUACUGCAGAGAUAUAAAAGUUUUAAACACGAAACUGUGGAUGGUAAGUAUCAUGUAUUUAAUGUGCGUGAUAUGAUAGAUGUAAAUAAAUACACAUAUUCUUAUGAUGGCAGUGAUUAUACAGGUGGCAAUAUAUGCUUAAAAGAUGCUGCAGAGUCACUUAAGAGCAACAUAGCUUUGCAAUCAAUAUUGAAGUUGGAUAUAUCAAGUCAAUAUGAUAAAAUGUACAAGGAAAUGUAUAAAGAAAUCAUAAGUCAAUAUCAAUUAAGGAUUAAAGAUGGCCAAUCAAUAAAUUCACUGUAUGAAGGUAGUACAUCACUAAUGAGAAAGAUUUCUGAGUUGAGGGAUGGUGAUGAUAGACUUAGAUCAAUAUUAAAUAGUAUUAGCAAAGAAGUUGUAGAUGGUAUACAGAGUGAUAAGUUUAUGACAGAGGUCUAUGAUAAGUUAAUCGAUAAUUUAUUAUACACUGCAUUGAAAGUAAAGGAUCAUCCAUUACAUGAAGAGCUUAAAGGUGUAAGCGGUAGCGCAGAAGAAAAGGUUAAAAUAUUAAAAAAGAAGAUCAAAGAACAAGCAGAAGUAAAUAAUCAGCAUCAACGUAUAAAAGAGAGCAUGGAAUAUGCUGCCAAUAGCGAGACUCCAGACAUAGACAUACUAAAUGUAUUAAUUGCUAAUGGUGCAUCACUGCUAGCAAGCUAUGUGGAAGAUUCUAAAACAGGUAACUCAAUAACAGUGCAAGAAAAAUUGCAACAACUAGGAGGGGAAUACAAGUCUUUAAUAGGCAAGUCUAUUUUCACAAUCACAAGGAAAGUUCAUAAUUUAGUAUUUGAUUUUCCAAUGGAAGGAGAAGAGGAUGUGGAUCUGCUGAAGUUAGUAUCUGAAGUUCCAUCUGAAGAUGGAUGCUUUGCAGAGAGUGGAGAAAAUAUAAGGUUACUUGAUAACAUAGGUAGUGAAGGUGCAAAUGAGUUUAUGGACUUAUUGAAGGCUUGUAUAAAUGAUACCAGUGCAAGGGAGGAGGAAGAAGAUAUGUAUUCACGAGUUGCUGCAAUAUUAAGUGAUACGCUCUCUUUUAAGAAGAAGGAGAAAGAAUUUGAAGAGGCAUAUGCAAAGUUAUAUGGAUGCAUUAAAAUAGGUUAUUCAGCAAUAAAAACAAGAGAUGAUAAGGUAAUAGUGGACUAUUUAUCUGAGAUAGAGGAAGAGGCAAAGCACUCUAAAAAUCCGCAUAUUAAGAAAUUGUAUGGUAAGUUCUUUACAAUUUUAAGUGAAUACAAUGACUUGCCAAAGUCAAUGUUUUUGACCAGGUGGUUAAAGUAUGUUACGCGUACAGCAAAAUCAUAUUCUGGGUAUGAAUGGAGUCCAGCAUGGGAAAAAAUACUGACCGAUCCUGGUUACCGUACAGAUGUAGGUGAAUGGUCAAAAAAUAAAUUUGAAGAGAUAAAAGAAACAGAAAUAAAGAGAGAAAAAAGCGCAUUAACAGCAAGAGCACAAAGCGCUGAACAACAAGCUGCCCAAGCUGAUCAAAGGACUGAGCAAGCUAAUCAAAGGGCUGCUCAGGAAGCACAGGAAAAGGAAGAAUUUAAACAAAAAGCUGAGCAAGAGGCUCAAAGGGCUGAGCAAGAGGCUCAGAGAGCAAACAAGCUUGCAGAAGCACUGGAGAAAAUGGGAGUAGAUCUGAAUACUGUUUUGAAUGAUGUAAACAUAAGCCAAGGUGCAAGUGCAAGUACGGAAAGAAGUUAAUGAAGGCAAUCUAUCCUGAACACUCGUUUGGCAGCGUAAGUUUGCCUAUAUGGCAGUACAAUGUAAUAAGAAAAUUUUCUCAACAUAGAAAGUACAGAGUGCUGCUAUGGGAAUUUGGUCCUACUAUAUUUGAGUAUUUAUGCCAACAGAGCGGUUUUAAUCAUAAAGAACUGUUACAAAAAAGAGAGGCUGAAGAGGUGCUUGAAAGUGAAUGUCAGGUGCUGCUGAAUAACUUCGGUGAGAUGAAAAUGUAUUGGUGGUGGCCAUGGAGCAGAAAAAUAAAAGACGUAAAGCUAACCGUUGCCCAGUGGGAAAGAGCAAUAAAUUAUGAUGAUAGUUCUUUUGUGUGGAGGUUGGUACUGAGUGUCUUUACAAACGUAAUCACGCAUCAGUGGCAUAUUGUGCAUUAUGGAUAUGUUAAUAAUUAUCAAAGAUUAAAGGGGGUAAAAAUGCAAAAUGCAAAAAAUAUAGCAAUCGGUGUAAGCGCAGCAGUAAUAGGAGCAGGAGUAGCUACUGCAGUAUCUACAGUAAGAACAGGUACAGAGUGGGUCACAGGAACAGCAGCAGGAAUAUCAGAAACAGUGGCAGCAUUUUCAACAGUUAGUUCUUAUUUCCCUGGCAGAGCUGUUGGUGGAGUAGGAGCAUUAGUCAUAGAGGAUAGAUUUAGCAGCUUAAUUAAAGCAAUAAUUUUGAGUGGUGAAACUGACAGCCCCACUCUCAGUGAAGAGUUAAAAUCGUUCAAGUUACAGUGGCUAUUAAUGGAUCUUGAUACAAGUUUACAGGAAAUGGAAGCAGGAAAAAAAACAAAAGAUGAACACAAUGAAUAUGCUAAAGAGAAAAUAAAAAAUGUACAGAGGUUAUCAUUAAAAUGUCACCCAGACGUAACCCAUAUGGCAACAACCGGUGCACAGCAAAAAGUUGGUGCAGUACUGAAGGCAGUGAGAAAAGUGCAUAAUUAUGUGAUAGAAACAAGACGAGGACAUGGGUACCUCUAUAGAUUAUUUGGUGAGCUUUCAGUUGAGUUAAUCAAUAAUGAGGAAAAUUUAUCUAAAUUAGUCAACAUUGUUGCAUGUGGCAAGCUGUGGGAGAUAGCCUAUUGGGAAGAAGGCAGGUUGAUGGAGAAUAGGAAUUACUACUUAAAAGAAGCACGAGAGCAUUAUGUAAAGUUAUGCAAAAAUAAACUAUCCCUACUGAAGGAUCUGCUUAAUACAGAACCAGUUCCAAUAGAGGGAAUAAUAAGUAUAAGAGAUAUGAUAGGCAAAGUACAAAAGGAACUUGAUGAAGAUAUAAAAAAGUACAAAAAACUAUAUAACGACGUUUGGGUUAAAAAUCUGAAAAAAUUGAGUGAAGAGUGCAAGAAAGAAGAGAAAUUGCAAGUAAUCAAGCCUGAAAUAGAUGAAUUAUUCAAGAAAAGCCAUGAGCAAUAUGAAAUAUUACAAGGGAAAAAGACAGGUAAAGUGAAAGCAGAUGAAAUUUUUGCACAGCCAAUACUAGAGUAUCGCAAUCUAAUGAACAUGUAUUACAAAUUAGUAAUGAAGUUGAGUAAAAAUAUAGAAAAGGGUUGUACACAAAAUGAUGUAAUUUAUUUAAGUCAACAAAAGUUUGUCUUAGGAGAAGAAAAUACAGGUUUCACUAAUGCAAGUAAGGAGUAUAUAAAAGAACUGUCAGAACAAGAAUUGUGUAAAUUUGUUGAGCUGAUGGUAGGAUUUUAUUGUGAUAAACAGGGUAGAGAGAAGUUGCAAGGUGUGAUCUACGGAUAUUAUCAAGGUAAUGGUAAAAAAAUAUACGAAAUAGGAAAUAUAUUGAUAUUUGCACUAAGUAGAUUAGCUGAAUUAUUGGAGGAAAAGUUCGUGGAAAAAGAAACAUUUUUCCAGAAGGAAGAGAAAAGGCGGGAAGAAGCAGUCAAAGAAUCAGAAGCAAUAAAGAAACUUAUAGAGGAGUAUGAACAACAAGCUGCCCAAGCUGAUCAAAGGACUGAGCAAGCUAAUCAAAGGGCUGCUCAGGAAGCACAGGAAAAGGAAGAAUUUAAACAAAAAGCUGAGCAAGAGGCUCAAAGGGCUGAGCAAGAGGCUCAGAGAGCAAACAAGCUUGCAGAAGCACUGGAGAAAAUGGGAGUAGAUCUGAAUACUGUUUUGAAUGAUGUAAACAUAAGCCAAGGUGCAAGUGCAAGUACGGAAAGAAGUUAAUGAAGGCAAUCUAUCCUGAACACUCGUUUGGCAGCGUAAGUUUGCCUAUAUGGCAGUACAAUGUAAUAAGAAAAUUUUCUCAACAUAGAAAGUACAGAGUGCUGCUAUGGGAAUUUGGUCCUACUAUAUUUGAGUAUUUAUGCCAACAGAGCGGUUUUAAUCAUAAAGAACUGUUACAAAAAAGAGAGGCUGAAGAGGUGCUUGAAAGUGAAUGUCAGGUGCUGCUGAAUAACUUCGGUGAGAUGAAAAUGUAUUGGUGGUGGCCAUGGAGCAGAAAAAUAAAAGACGUAAAGCUAACCGUUGCCCAGUGGGAAAGAGCAAUAAAUUAUGAUGAUAGUUCUUUUGUGUGGAGGUUGGUACUGAGUGUCUUUACAAACGUAAUCACGCAUCAGUGGCAUAUUGCGCAUUAUGGAUAUGUUAAUAAUUAUCAAAGAUUAAAGGGGGUAAAAAUGCAAAAUGCAAAAAAUAUAGCAAUCGGUGUAAGCGCAGCAGUAAUAGGAGCAGGAGUAGCUACUGCAGUAUCUACAGUAAGAACAGGUACAGAGUGGGUCACAGGAACAGCAGCAGGAAUAUCAGAAACAGUGGCAGCAUUUUCAACAGUUAGUUCUUAUUUCCCUGGCAGAGCUGUUGGUGGAGUAGGAGCAUUAGUCAUAGAGGAUAGAUUUAGCAGCUUAAUUAAAGCAAUAAUUUUGAGUGGUGAAACUGACAGCCCCACUCUCAGUGAAGAGUUAAAAUCGUUCAAGUUACAGUGGCUAUUAAUGGAUCUUGAUACAAGUUUACAGGAAAUGGAAGCAGGAAAAAAAACAAAAGAUGAACACAAUGAAUAUGCUAAAGAGAAAAUAAAAAAUGUACAGAGGUUAUCAUUAAAAUGUCACCCAGACGUAACCCAUAUGGCAACAACCGGUGCACAGCAAAAAGUUGCUGCAGUACUGAAGGCAGUGAGAAAAGUGCAUAAUUAUGUGAUAGAAACAAGACGAGGACAUGGGUACCUCUAUAGAUUAUUUGGUGAGCUUUCAGUUGAGUUAAUCAAUAAUGAGGAAAAUUUAUCUAAAUUAGUCAACAUUGUUGCAUGUGGCAAGCUGUGGGAGAUAGCCUAUUGGGAAGAAGGCAGGUUGAUGGAGAAUAGGAAUUACUACUUAAAAGAAGCACGAGAGCAUUAUGUAAAGUUAUGCAAAAAUAAACUAUCCCUACUGAAGGAUCUGCUUAAUACAGAACCAGUUCCAAUAGAGGGAAUAAUAAGUAUAAGAGAUAUGAUAGGCAAAGUACAAAAGGAACUUGAUGAAGAUAUAAAAAAGUACAAAAAACUAUAUAACGACGUUUGGGUUAAAAAUCUGAAAAAAUUGAGUGAAGAGUGCAAGAAAGAAGAGAAAUUGCAAGUAAUCAAGCCUGAAAUAGACGAAUUACUCAAGAAAAGCCAUGAGCAAUAUGAAAUAUUACAAGGGAAAAAGACAGGUAAAGUGAAAGCAGAUGAAAUUUUUGCACAGCCAAUACUAGAGUAUCGCAAUCUAAUGAACAUGUAUUACAAAUUAGUAAUGAAGUUGAGUAAAAAUAUAGAAAAGGGUUGUACACAAAAUGAUGUAAUUUAUUUAAGUCAACAAAAGUUUGUCUUAGGAGAAGAAAAUACAGGUUUCACUAAUGCAAGUAAGGAGUAUAUAAAAGAACUGUCAGAACAAGAAUUGUGUAAAUUUGUUGAGCUGAUGGUAGGAUUUUAUUGUGAUAAACAGGGUAGAGAGAAGUUGCAAGGUGUGAUCUACGGAUAUUAUCAAGGUAAUGGUAAAAAAAUAUACGAAAUAGGAAAUAUAUUGAUAUUUGCACUAAGUAGAUUAGCUGAAUUAUUGGAGGAAAAGUUCGUGGAAAAAGAAACAUUUUUCCAGAAGGAAGAGAAAAGGCGGGAAGAAGCAGUCAAAGAAUCAGAAGCAAUAAAGAAACUUAUAGAGGAGUAUGAACAACAAGCUGCCCAAGCUGAUCAAAGGACUGAGCAAGCUAAUCAAAGGGCUGCUCAGGAAGCACAGGAAAAGGAAGAAUUUAAACAAAAAGCUGAGCAAGAGGCUCAAAGGGCUGAGCAAGAGGCUCAGAGAGCAAACAAGCUUGCAGAAGCACUGGAGAAAAUGGGAGUAGAUCUGAAUACUGUUUUGAAUGAUGUAAACAUAAGCCAAGGUGCAAGUGCAAGUACGGAAAGAAGUUAAUGAAGGCAAUCUAUCCUGAACACUCGUUUGGCAGCGUAAGUUUGCCUAUAUGGCAGUACAAUGUAAUAAGAAAAUUUUCUCAACAUAGAAAGUACAGAGUGCUGCUAUGGGAAUUUGGUCCUACUAUAUUUGAGUAUUUAUGCCAACAGAGCGGUUUUAAUCAUAAAGAACUGUUACAAAAAAGAGAGGCUGAAGAGGUGCUUGAAAGUGAAUGUCAGGUGCUGCUGAAUAACUUCGGUGAGAUGAAAAUGUAUUGGUGGUGGCCAUGGAGCAGAAAAAUAAAAGACGUAAAGCUAACCGUUGCCCAGUGGGAAAGAGCAAUAAAUUAUGAUGAUAGUUCUUUUGUGUGGAGGUUGGUACUGAGUGUCUUUACAAACGUAAUCACGCAUCAGUGGCAUAUUGCGCAUUAUGGAUAUGUUAAUAAUUAUCAAAGAUUAAAGGGGGUAAAAAUGGAUAAAGCAAAAGGUGUGGUAAUUGGUACGGCAAUUGGUGUGGGAGCAGUAUCAAUAGGCGUAACAGCAGUAGUAAUAGCUGCUGCAACAGAAAGAGAUAGAGAAGUAGUAACAGCAGAAAUGGCAACAAGAGUAGAGGCUAUGUUUGCUACAGUUAGCUCUUAUUUCCCUGGUGGCGCUGUUGGUGGAGUAGGAACAUUA